AUGGACCUCAGGAUCAAAGCUAUGGGGUCCCUCCUCCACCGAGCUGUAAGCUCGGCACCUGAGAUCGACAGAAUGUUCGAGGCCACGCAGCGAUCUCCAUUCACCCAGCGCAUCUUGAGAACAUAUGUUCCGAACGUAAAGAUAAGGGUUCCGACUUACGAUGGAACGAAGGAUCCAAUGCAGCACUUGACCUCGUUCAUGGCUACUAUCGCAAAAGCUAGGUUUACCGAGGAGCAGAAGGACGCUGGCCAGUGCCAACUGUUCGUCGACAGUUUGGUCGAGAACGCUCUAAUAUGGUUCUCCCAUAUCCCUCCGGGCACUAUCGACUGUUUCGAACAACUAUCGACAGCCUUCCUGCGAAAUUAUCGGGUGUUCAUAGAACGCAACGCUUCCAGCGCCGAACUAAGGGAAGUAGUCCAAGAGCCCGACGAACCCCUGCGAAAGUACCUCAAGGAAAAAUACGCCACCAUAACGGUCUCUGAGGACGUCGCAAUCGCUGCUUUCAAGAAGGGACUCAUCCCCGGAUCCCGACUGCACGUAGAUCUCAAUAUCAGGGAAGCCACUGACCUGGACGAAGCCCUUCACCGAGGAUCUCGCUUCGCUUAUGUGGAGGAAGACGAGGAGAAGCGAGCUAACAAGCUCCCUCCUCCUCGCCCGGCCGUGGCCAAAGAAAAAAAUCGGGACACCUAUCAGGAACCUCGGAAGCAUCACGACCAGAGGGACCCCAAGCGCGGAGUAGUCAACGUGAUAUCCGAGGACGAAGGACAGAACACCACUUCUCCCGAUGCACAAGAGGAGCUGUACUGUGAUUUUCAUAUGUUCGGCGGCCAUUCAACAGCCGAGUGUAAGCACCUGUCCAAUUAUUUAUAUGAGAAGUACCUGUCCGGUGAAAUCAAAGCUGUCUAUCAACCAAAAGCUUUUCGCGGCGGCCACGGUGGUAGAGGUCGAGGAGGAAG